AUGGCGGAAACCAUCGACUCAGUCACAGAUUACAGAAAAACCCAGCGCGUGGUCCUUCUCGUCGACCUAAACCCACUUCUCCAUUUCCCAGACCCGCGCCCUUACAUCGACUCUCUCCUCUCCGCCAUCAGAAUCCUGGUCACUUUCCCUCCUCUAGCUUCCUCUCUCUUCUCCUUCAAGCUCUUCUUCUCUUCCCUGUCUCCCCUCCUCUCUUCCUCCAAGCUUCCGAUCCCGUCUCCGUCUUCGCUCUCAUUCGACCGCCCUGCUUCCACCUACGACUCGCUCUCCCAAACCCUCAAUUCGUCCGUUAUUUCCAAAAUUGACUGGAGUGGAUGCCGUUUCUCGAGGGCUUCCCAUCUCGCGGCCUCGAUCCGCCAGCUGAUUCAUGACUACGCCUGGGAUUCGGUCGUCUCGAGCUCGAUUGACGGUGCGCCAUUGAAUUGUGGGUUCUCUCCAGUUAGGUCGAAUUUGGUUGUUCUGUUUUCCCCCCUUAUUAAGUCUCUGAAUGGAUUGUCGGAGUUUUUGGGUGUGGAUACGGAUGAUGAGUGCUUGAGAGAUGUGAAGGAGUUCACUUGCAGGUAUCGUGGAUUAUUUGGGGGUGUGAAUGAUGCGUUUGUGAGUAGAGAUAUUCAUUUCAGCUGGGUUGAUGUGAAGUGUCCGCUCGGUAGUUGGGAAGGUAAUGAUGGUUGUGAUGAAUCUCCGGUUAGAUCUGGCGUUUUUGAGAGUGGGAUUAGGGAUUUAGGAUGGGGCUUUUGUUCCAGUGAUAAUGUUGUGCUGGGGUCUGCAGUGGUUCCAUUUGGGUUGAUUUAUCCAAAGAUCGGGAUUUCGCCAAAGGCCAUUGAUUUCUGUUGCUCGAAGAUGAUUCUUGCAGGGUUGAGUCUUGAGAUACUAGACGUGAAUGGAAAGCCUUUGGAGUGCAAGUGCUGUGACCUUGAACUGUCUGGUUCAAACAGUUUUCCUAAAUUAGAUAGCUCUGAACAGGAAAAGUCAGUUUGGGAAGUAUUUGGUGAUGGAAACUCAAAACUCCAUGUGAAGGCAGUCAAAAUGGAUGCUGUAGAUGUCAAAUCUGGAGGGUACCUGCCUGUUCCAGUUGUAGUACAUGAAGUUUCUGGGCGUAUAGAGAAAGAACAACAUGGAAAUAAGAGUGAGUUGUUUGAAGAUAAGGUUCUUCAAAUGUUGGAACCAGAAAUGUUGGAAUCACUAACAAAGAGGUCUGGACCCAUUUGGCAAAUUCUCUUGAGUUUCCUUUAUAGGGAGGGCUAUUGGGGUUUGGUGUCUCUUUCAAAUGGCAAUGGCUGCUCACUUGCUGGAAUUCUGAAGCCUUUCACAGUCUCUUCAGCUCUCCUGUGGAUCAAAUCUGACAAGUUCAAGGUUCAUGGACUUAAUAGUGGACCUCCUGUUCAAGUUGAUGCAGAUAUGGACCAAGGCACCGUGAACUCCAUAAUGGAUUCUGGCAGAUCACAUAUUGGCUCUAGUUCUGGACCUAUGCCUUGUGGAAAACCGUUUCUAAUUGGAGGUUCUGAUGACAGGAAGAAAAAGAAGUCGAAAAAGAGUUUAAAUAAGCUUCAGGACCUUACUUGGUCCGACUUCUGUAAGGCAGCACUGGAACACUUGCAGAUAGAUCUGGAAGAUGUUUACUUUGUCAAGGCAAGCAACAAGUCAAAGAAGUUGAAAUUUCUCAAAUGCUGGAUGAAAGAAGUUAAGAAGUCUAGUAGUGUCACCAUUACAGAUAAUGAUAAGCUACACUAUGACGAUCCCCCAAAAUCAGAAGACAGAUUGAAUGAGUUACCUGAGGAUGUUGCACAACGGCCGAUUGCAUCUUCUGCUUCAGUCGGAGAGGAUUCUUUGACUGGGGCUUCUCGAGUGCAAGAUGAGGUUGGUAAUGAAUUUCAGUCACAAACUUUGGAAAGUUUCCUAGAUGAUCUCCCUCAUAAAAUUCAACAGGGACUUGCAUCUGAUGAUGUGGACCUGGGUUCUUUGGCCGAGCGACUAGUUAACUCUUCUGUAUUUUGGUUGUAUAAAAAAUUUGAAACUGAAACCAAUGAGGAGGUUCAAAGUAAAGAACCGAGAUCAACUGAGGAUGCUAUGAGUAGCGUGGUUUCAAGGCAGUUAAUGACACUUUUAGUGAAGGAGCCUAAAGACUUGGCUGCCAAGGCAUCUAAUCCAAGUUCAACUGAGGUUGACUCAGAUAGAUUAGUUAGAGAAUACGAGCUGCAGAUUUUAUUUCGCAUGGAGAUGCUGCGAUCAGACAUCGGAGCUAGUAUCAAGGAGUCCUCGAAACAAAAGUUUGUGAAGCAAAUUUGCUCCUGUUUAGAGAGCAUUCAAUGCCUUCUUGAAGGAGGGUUUUUUGGUGAUUGGAGUCUUGAUAAAUACAUAGGGAGGAUCAUAAAAAGUAGGUAUUGUGACAGUCUGGGUGAAGUUGUCCACAGGAUCUAUGAAAAAUUAGAUCUUUUGCUGUUCGAAGACGAGGAAGAACCCUCUAACCCUUUGCUCAACAGCGAGGAUAGCAAUCACUCUCUGAAAGAAAGACUGGAGACAGAAGAUGAGAGGAACAACAGAAUGACAAGAAUGAACGAUCCAAUCCCUGCAGAACACAAUGAGAUGAAACAGGAUGAUGAUCAUGCCAGAAAACUGCUGGAAGCUCGGGAGAGAAGACAGAGAGCAAAGAGAUUUUCUUCUUUCACCAGUUGGGUUCCAGACCUUCACAAAGUUUGGGCUCCCAAGCAGCAGCCGAAAUCCAUGAAACCCAAGUAUGAUCGAAGGCACUCGAAGAGAGAUGCACGUAGAAGAGGGAGCUUUGAUGUAGUUAUGGAGACUCCCAUGACUGGGAAAGAUAGAUCAUUAAAGGAAGGAGAAUGCAGCAGCAGCAGCAAUGAAAAGAUGAAGAAGCAAGGUGGCGGUAAUGUUUGUGGUUCAGUGUCUAAGGCUCUGUUUCGAGAUUAA